AUGGAUCUGACCGCGUCGGCCUCGGGCUCGGGGCCCCAGUCCCAGGACGGCACGUCAGAGAACGACAUCCCCUCGUGCCAAGGCUGCCGACGCCGCAAGCUGCGGUGCUCGCGCGACCAACCCGUCUGCUCUCAUUGCAAGCGGCUGGACUCACCAUGUGUCUAUGACCUGAAGAAGAACAAGCCGGGCAUCAAGCCCGGAGCGGUCGAGAGUCUCAACCGCAGAGUCGAACUGACAACGUUGGCGGCGCGCUUUGCAGAGGUCCUCGAGAACGCUCUGCUGCAAAAGUCCCACGGGGAGAGGGGCUUCCCCGGCUCCCACGGCCAUGACGACGAGUCCGGCGGCCACGCGCCGGCAGAGUCCCAGAACGUCGUCGGGAUUCUCUCCCUGUUGGCCCGGGAGCUGCACAAGCUCAACUCCAAGAACAGGCUGAACUCGCAGGCCGGCACGCCCGAAGGAGGUGCCGACCAUGCCGUCCUCUCGCCGGCGACGUCCAGCUCGUCCCGGCGACACACCGUGGACGGCAUCGAAGUCGUCGCGCAUCCCCACAACCAGCCGAGGAAGAGGCGGAGGGUAGACAGCUGCGGGAACCCCAACAUCGACCUCGCGUACCCCCUAGAGGACUUGGAAAACAUCACGACGAGCCUGCCGCCCCCGGACCUCUUGGAGGACGUCAUCAACGUCUACUUCAACAUCAUCCAGCCGUGGAUCCCGAUCCUCCACGAGACCCAGUUCCGGAGACGGGUGCAUGACCCGGAACAGCUCCCGCGGCUCGUCGUGGUGCUGCACGCCAUGGUCGUCGCGGCCCUCCGAUACGUCGACAGCCCUGAGACGCGUCCCUCGGCCCAGGAAGUCGAGCGGCGGGCCCUGCGGUCGAGGAACAUUGUCAUCCUCAACGCCAUGGACCAGCUCUCCGUCGAGAACCUGCAGGCUCUGGUCAUCCUGGCAUUCAACGAUAUUGGAAACGGCGAUGCCUCCAAGGCCUGGUCAGUUGUCGGGUCUCUGACGCGAACGGUUGAGUACCUUCAACUGAGCAUCGAGUCCGAUCACCAAGACAAAGAGCCCCUGCUGAAGCCGUUGCCUUCGAUUCCUCCUCCGCAGAACUGGACUGAAGAAGAAGAACGGCGUCGUGUGUUUUGGAACAUCUUCAACUUGGACAGGUUCUGCUCCGUAACUACAGGGUGGAACACCAGUUUGACAUCCGACGACGUCCACCGCAGACUCCCAGCCGACGGCGGGCUGUGGCACAAAGAAGAGCCCGUCAUCACGCCCUUCUUCGGCAUCUGGGACCGCUCGGCGGCCAAAAUGGGCAACUCGAUCGCCUUCCUGCCCGUACACUACCCGAGCCCGGAGCAAACGGCCGAGGCGCCGCCGCAGACGCCGGUCAGCGCCAGCUCCCACAAGGGGCCGAACACGGUCGACAUGACGACCGUCGGGGCCUUUGCCUACUGUAUCGAGGCGACGGAGAGCCUCAGCAGGGUCACGACGUAUUUCUUGCAGCAGAAGAUCAACUUCCAGGACAGAGGCGAGGUCUCUAGCUGGCUGACGAGAUUCAAGGAGCUGGACCUGCGUCUAGUACAUUGGAAAAUGUUUCUGCCGCAAAAGUGGAAGGACUCCAACAUCUCGCGCCAGCCGGCCCUCAUCAACAUGGACCCCAACCUGACGCUCGCCCACGUCACCCACAACACGUCCAUGAUCCUGCUUCACCAGCGCAUCGCCUACCCGGAAGCCCGGUGGUCCGGCAUCGUCAAGCUGCCCAGCUUCUGCAGCGCCGAGACGUGCCAGGAGGCCGCCGUGGAGACGACGACCAUCACGCGCAAGUACCUCAAGUACACGCCCGAGAACAGCCCGGCGACCAGCCAGUUCGCCUUCUGCGUCUUUAUCAGCGCGAGAGUGCUCCUCGUCCACUGGCGGUACUACGACGCCGAGCUCGCCCCCGAGUUCUGGAUCCUCGUCGACAGCAUGGAGGAGAUGGCCCGGCGGUGGGUCGGCCCCGUCCUCCGCGAGAAGAACGGCCGGUGCCUCGCCGGGAAGUACGCCGCCCAGCUCCGCGAGCUGCACCGCAAGUGCGAGGCGGACCCGAGGUUCAACGUCGAUGUGCUGGGGUAUUCGAGCGGCAUCGGCGGUCAGGGCCAGGGCCAGGGCCAGGGUCAAGAAUACAGUCCCGUCGCCCAGACGCCGGCCUUCAGCCACCAACAGGGCAACGCUCUGUUCGCCCAGCCCUCCUCCUCCUCCUCCUCCAGCAGGAUGGCGCCGCCUCCUACGUCGAGCCCGAUGGUGCCGAGCCAGACCGCGGCCGUCCCCCAACGAAGACAUUCCCAGCCCAUCUUCCCGAAUCAACAACAACAACAACAACAACAGCAGCAGCAACAGCAACAACAACCUCCUGGUCAAUUGCGGCAGGGCCCGAUGAUGGGGCCCAUGGGCUCGCCCAUGCCGAUGUCGACCGGCUUCGCGCCUCGGGACCCGGACGCCCCCGAUGAGCUGUCCGCUAUCUCGCACAUGCUGAUGGACCAGCGGUUCAUGGAGAUGGACCGCAUCAUCAGCUUCGACGACAUGAUGUUCACGGCGCAGACGGCGAACAAUGGGAACAACGCCUCGAUGCCGGUGAACGGAUGGGGCCACGUCGACGGCUCGCGGAUGGGAUAA